UCACCAGAGUUGGAAAUGGAAAAAUAUCAGAAUAACCCUAUUUUCAUUCUCAAUCUACUCGUAUCCUUUCUAACAAUCGCCCUUGGUGAAGAUCUCCUUUCUUGUCUAACGCACACUGGGGUGAGCAACUUCACAACCCUCUCCUCCUCACCUCCCACGUACAACCAUUUCCUCCAGCACACCCUGCAAAACCCACUGUUUGAAAGUCCCGCCUUCCUCAAACCUUUCUCCAUUAUCUUGCCAGAGAACAAACACCAGCUGGCGGACACGAUUGUUUGCGCCCGGAAAGCGUCACUGGCAAUCAGGAUAAGAAGCGGGGGCCACAGCUAUGAAGGGCUAUCAUCAGUCGCCGACACCCCAUUCGUGAUAAUCGAUUUGAUGAACCUAAACCGAAUCUCAGUCGAUCUUGACUCUCAAACUGUUUGGGUCGAAUCAGGCAUGUUGAUUGGCGAAAUCUACCACGCUGUUGGUGAGUUGAGCAGCUCGUUUGCCGUUGCGGCCGGGUGGUGCCCCACCGUUGGGAGCGGCGGGCACUUCAGCGGUGGGGGGUCGGGCACCUUGACGAGGAAGUAUGGCCUUGCAGCAGACAAUGUGGUCGAUGCGAUUCUAGUCGAUGCUGAUGGACGGAUACUGGACCGGGAAGGGAUGGGAGAGGACGUGUUCUGGGCCAUACGAGGCGGAGGAGGUGGGGUCUUCGGCGCAAUCUACUCAUGGAAGAUCCAAUUGGUUCUGGUCCCAGAAAUCGUAACAGCCAUCUCGUUCAACAAAACAGUUCAUCUACCUGAUGCAGCAAAGCUAUUGCAUAGAUUUCAAUAUGUCGCACCGGAACUAGUAGAAGAUUUCUCAGUAACGAUCCUAGCCGGUGCUAGGCCCGACGGGGAAAUCUGGGUACAAUUCUAUGGUCUGUACUUGGGACCCAAGUCAGCCGCCAUCUCAUCGGGAACCAUAGUUUUCUCCGAACUAGAUGUCGCUGUUGAAGAAUGCAAAGAAAUGAGUUGGAUGGAAGCGGUUGCUUACAUGCUUGGAUUCGAAAAAGCUGUCCAACUAAAAUCAAGAACUCAACCACAUAAGUUGGGUUUUAGGUCAAAGAGCGACUUUGUGAGGGCCACGAUGCCACUCGAAGUGUUUGCUGACGUCCUUGAGAGGUUACAGAAGGAGCCGCACGCGUUCAUCGCAUUGAAUGGUCAGGGUGCAGCAAUGGCUCGGAUAAGGAGUGAUGCGAUUCCGUUCCCACACAGAGAAGGGAAUUUGUUCGCCUUUGAGUAUGUUAUAACUUGGGAUAUGGAGGAGGAUUCACAGAGCCAUGUUUUUGUCAAAUGGCUACGUGAAUUAUACAACUAUAUGACGCCGUUUGUAUCGAAGAAUCCAAGGGCUGCAUAUGUGAAUCAUGUGGACCUUGAUCUUGGCUCAAUAGAUUGGAGGGUGAACAAUGGAGACGCGGUAGAGAUCUCAAGAUCUUGGGGAGAGAAGUAUUUCCUGGGGAAUUACGAUCGGUUGGUGUUGGCAAAGACAAUCAUCGAUCCGAACAAUGUAUUUCGCCACCCACAGAGCAUUCCACCGCUGCCGUCGAUCUGUGCCACAACGGUUUCGAAUGGAGGAGAUCCAACAGUCACUGGAGGUCUCGCAAACUUAUGGUGAUAACUGAUAAGUGGUUG